UCGCAUUUGGUUCCGUCUCUAGUGUGGGUGCGUUAGCAAUAGUUUAUCCAGAAUAUGAAUUAAGCAGAGUUAAUCCGGAACGCCGACGCCCACAAAUUCCCACAAAUCGUCGUCCUUUCAGCGCUGCAAGAGCAACCCGGAAGCUGGAAAGUUCGAGACCGCCAAGAAGCCCAAUAUAAAUUCAACAGUCAGCCAGAGCUUCACUCCUGUGUGUGUGUGCGUGCGUGCGUAUGUGUUCGUGUGUUGUGUCUGUGCUGCAGUGUUGGAGAGAGCGAGACGCACGAUUGCGAGGGAGUCGAGCUUUGCGAAAAUUUGCCAGCCUAUAUUGAAGUAUUUUCGGCACCAAAUCGCCGUCUUAUCCGCCAGCAAGCCAUUGGAUCUGAUGGAAAUGAGCCUGCCGCUCGAAUUCUCUUCGCAAAUCCGCUGAUAAAGCAAAAGCUACAACUGCACCAGUAGAGCCAAAAAAAGUGAAACACACCUAAUCAAAGGAAAUUAAAUAACAAGGCGGCGGCAACAACACUUACAUAAAUUAACUCGCAACGCAACAAUACUAAUAACUAUAGCUUAUCACACAGCAACAAAAACAUAACCAGCAGCAACAACAACAGACCAGCAGCCAGAAAGAACAACAGCUUAUCUCAGAUAUUCAGCCGGCUGCACUAGUGCGAGCGAGAGGGCCGUAGCUUGGGGCGAAAGGGAGGGCGCUUCCGAAAGAGAGCGAAAGAGAGAGAGAGAGAGCGAGUAAGCGCAGGGAGUGUGCUCCUGUGUGUGUGCGUGUGGGAGCAGGCAGCAGAAAAAAAGAAAACAAAAGUAUAUUUUGCAUUGUUCGACGCGCCUAACUGUAAAUAUAAAAGCACUUGCAAAAACAAGGAAAAACACAGAAAAACAGCGAAAAAACGACGAAAAAUGGCACGCGGCUUCGAUCAUCUGUUCAAGUUGCUAAUAAUCGGCGAUAGCGGCGUGGGCAAGUCGUCGCUGCUUAUCCGGUUCUCGGACGACACAUUCUCGGGCAGUUACAUCACCACCAUCGGCGUGGACUUUAAGAUCCGCACCGUGGACAUCGAGGGCAUGCGCGUAAAGCUGCAGAUCUGGGACACGGCCGGGCAGGAGCGCUUCCGGACGAUCACCAGCACCUACUACCGCGGCACCCACGGCGUCAUCGUCGUCUACGACGUCACGAACGGCGAAUCCUUCGCGAACGUCCGCCGCUGGCUGGAGGAGAUCCAGAACAACUGCGACGUGGUUAAAAAAGUAUUAGUGGGCAACAAGAACGACGAUCCGGACAGGAAGGUGGUCAUUACCGAGGACGCGCAGCGGUUUGCGAAACAAAUGGACAUCGAGCUGUUCGAGACAUCUGCCAAAGACAACAUAAACGUGGAGAACAUGUUCUUGUCGAUCACGCGGCAGGUGCUCGACCACAAGCUGCGCACCUCCCCCAACGAGCAGCAGAAGGACACGCUCCAUCUGAAGCCCAAUCCCAAGGGCAGCAAGGGUGGGAAGUGCUGCAGGUGAAAGCGGCUCCGGCACGGGAGCUGGCAUUGCAACUGGACCGACGGCGGCGGCGGCGGGACGGGAAUCGGAACUGAAAUUAGGACCAGGACCUGGAUCAACUCCGGGGGCGGACGGAAUCGUUGUGGGGGCGCGUAGUUUGUAGGGUUCUUGGCGUACGAUGCGGCACACACACUCACUCACAUAGACAUAGCUAACACCACCAAACAACCAACAACAAGAAACCACACAAAACAAACAAUACGGGACAACAAAACAAACAACACUCACCACCCACUAGAGACAACAAUUUUUUUUGUUUUGUUUUUUUUCCUCCUGAGUUUUAUUCGGAAUAAUGCCAGAUAGCCGUAAAUUAAAGUGUAAAAGUGUAAAGCGCAAUUAAAUGUAUUUAGCAAUUUAUAUACAUAUUAAUAUAUACAUACAUAAACAAAAUUGAAACAAAUCGCAUAUUUAUAUACAAGAAUAUAUUUAUAUUUCAAACGGAAAAUUGUAUUUACAGUAACAAGCAGGAACAGGCACGAGGACGCAAACGCCUCGCUCGCUAGCUAAGCUACGAAACACAUUUAUAGAAAUAUAUACAUAGAUAUACAUAUGUAGGGAGAUAACACAUCAAAUUAUGGCUUCCGAUCGCGACUCUCCACUUUUCAUACUCCUCCCAUAGUUUUAAAAUUUAAAAACGAAAGCUCUGAUCUGUCGACUGACUAUCAAUCGCUAAAGACACGUUUCGAAUGAAUCCGGACAUUUUAUUAGCUUGGAGUGAUGCUUUGAAACAUUUUGUUGCACUAGAAACUGCCUUACUUGUUAAGAUUUCAUUUGUUAUUUUUGUCGUCAUUCCGUGAUUGAUUCAACAGGAUAAAGUAAAGAACUUCAGGGACUGUUUCCAAUUCAUUUCGAUUUGUUCGCUUACAAUGAAAAACCUGGAACUGUCAGUAAACAUGAUUUGGAAUGCAAAUUUUCGAAAGAGAAAUAAAGUUUGUAUUUAUUCGAAACCGGGGAACCAAUACUUCAAUUCUCAGAUAUUACUUAUGUACCCUCAUCGGAUAGAAUAAAGAUUGAUCUUUGGAAAAAGACGAUUUCUUGCGCUCGGACUGUAAUUCAUAUCCAUGUUUAAUCAAUCAAUGUUUAAUAUGCCGAAAAUGUAGCCACUUUUCAUUUAAAUCCUCAGGCAUUGCUGAUUUUAAAUUAUUUUAAAUAUUAAAUAAAUUUGCAAACACGUUUGUUAUUUAUGGUAA